AUGGGGAGUCAAAGCAUUUACCUCUUAGCGUUGCAAUGCGAAUCUCUCUUUGAACAGGACAUCGCUGAGCUCCAGAGCCGACAGGGCAGGCUCAAUAGCAAAGGUAUCAUUUUACUUAAGUUUCUCCAAAACAGUCAUGCCAGAUUCAGUGCAUGGGCUUCCUACAUGGGUGUCUUUGCCGACCCAGAUGUCUCCCUUGAUCAACGGCUCCGAAUAAGCGAACUUAUUCAGCAGAUGGUGUUGGAUAUGCUUGAAGUAUUACACAGCAAUUUAGAUCUGUUAAAGGCCCUUGUGAGCCAGAUGACAAAAAGCUCGUUGGAACAUAAGAGAUCAAGAUCGCACAGCUUAGAUCUACAAGAGCUGGAAAAUAAAAUCCAAAAGUCAAAGGAGUCAAUCGAUGGCUCCGUCAGCCGUCUUCAUCGACUCGGUGCAACGAUACGCCAAUCAUCUACGGCAGGUCUGGCCUCUCGGGUGAAAGCGUUUACAGCCAAAAGGUCGACGACUUCUUUGGAGAAAAUCACAGCCCUCAUUGUUUCAACCCUCUACCCUGGUGCCUCAAAAAGCCUCCAUAAAUUACUCAGUCGCUCCAUUCUCGAUCGGUAUUUCCGCCUAAAGUACAAACAGCAACAUCAACGGCACUUGUCACAGCGGAGGGCUAUGCACAAAAUCGAUGAAAAUGAUCUAGUUCUAAACAUAAAAAAUGAGAAACCGGCCGAAAUCCAACCCAAAAUACUUCCCAUGCGGAAUCCUCGUGAGUUGAAAGAUCUGGCGCCUUCGAAAUCUCAUGGAGAGCGCUCGAAACCAUCAACUCUCCAAGAAAGUCAAGUUUUGAAUACCAUCAACAAUACAGUAGCGAAAUCCGUCGCUACAAGCGCUUCUACAGUUCUAAUAACAGACAUUCGAUAUCCAAAGCCUCCGAAACCCGAAACUCCGUGGGCAGGCCACACUUCGUGCGACUGGUGCGCUAUGGCUUUUGAAAAUGCAAAGUUCAAGGAUCCGCGAUGGUGGAGAAAACACGUGGACCACGACUUGAAACCGUAUAUCUGUCUCGCCAAAGAGUGCUUAGACACGGAAGUGGCGUUUGGCAGGUACAGUGCAUGGAAAUCUCAUAUGAAUCAGGCACAUUCCGCUUCAUGGGUCAAGGAUGUUUGCACUGAAACACAAUGGAAAUGUGACUUUGAUAAUAGCAUGCAUCACGAUGAAGAGUCUCUCAAGACACAUAUGAAGGACUCCCAUCAAGAUCUCCUCACGGAAGAACAGAUCUCCGAAGUCGCGUCCUGGAGUGCGGUUCCUGUUCAGCCAGACACAGAGAGGUGCCCUCUAUGUCAAUAUUCGCCCAUAGCAGAGCCUGAUAUGCCUGACGCAAGUGAUGAAGAACGAAUACCGCCUCCAAGUCAGUCUGUGUCCGUGGGCUCCAGUCUUCGAAGACAGCGAUCCGCGGGAGGCAGGCGCAAAAAGCGUCCACGGGUCCGAUUUCACGACAGUCAACCUAUUAAAUUAGAGGAUUCAGAUGCCGAAUCAUCGGGAAGCGCGGAGACGGACAACGAUGAAAGCUCAAAACAAUCAUGGAGUAACCGAAUGCGACUAGAACGCCAUAUAUCCAGCCAUCUCAAGGCACUUUCUUUUAUAUCUCUGCGUCUGGACGCAUUCCAAGCGAAUGUAAAUGGUGAGGACGAUGAAGAUACGGGCAGUCAGAACUUCCUAGAUGACACUAGUGGAAGCGGCGAUAUCAGUGGAUGGGACAGCAACAUAGAUGCCAUGUCCUUAACAUUUGAAGAUGUCGGGAACGAAAUUGAGCUUCCACCUGUCGAUGGCAUUGAACCGGACAUGAGUAGUUUUGACAGUUCAGGGGUCUUGCCCGCUCUAGGCGAGAUGGGGGAGCUCCCGUCGUUGAACCAUCCAGGUUAUGAGCUUCGACGAUCGCCAAGAUUUCAACUAAUCCCAACAGACAAUGGAAAGUUUAAAGUUGUUUGGCCAUGGGGGGAAGAGGACUUGGAUUCUGCAUUUUAUCCCCGACAAUAA